AUGACGAAUAUUAUUGGUACGAAUUUGACACAUAUCCAUUAUGUAUAAAAACUAACGAUAAUGAAAUCAAAACAAUACUUAAAUUUGGAAAAUUAAAAUUAUCUAUUCUCAAUAAAUAUAAUAAUAUUAUCACAACAGCAAAUUUACAAAUAAAUGUAGCAAAUGAUAUUCAUUAUAUAUCAGAUAAAAAAAAUUAUAUAUCCGUCGAGAAAUUUGAUGAUGAAUAUCAAUUAAAAGAUAAACAAAUUUCACAACUUUGGAAAGCUGAAUUUAUAAAUGAUAAUUAUAGAUUAAGAUCACUUAUUAGUCGUCAAGAACAAAUAAUGUAUUGUAUUGGUAAAGAUUUAAAAAUAUGGCAAUUAACAAAUUAUUUUUGGAAUUUAGAAAGAGUUGAUUUUAUUGAUGAAUAA